AUGUGGCUGCUGCACCCCUUCUGGCUCUGCUUUCCCUUGUCUCUUGCUUUCAGUGGCCAGCUUGAGCCUCAGGUGUCGGGUGGUCCGGGCGUGCUCCGUUGUGGGCUGCAGAGUUUUCAGUUCACCAUAGACCUCCCCACCCGCGAAAUGGCUCCCGUGCUAACAGCGUGGGAUGAGCAGGGGCUGCCGCACCGGCUGGGAAAUAACUCCAAUUGUGGCACCUGGGUCAGGGAGGGACCCGGCGGCUCGGUGGUGCUGGAAGCAAGCUACAGCGGCUGCUACGUCACUGAGUGGGAAUCCCAGUACGUCAUGCCAGUCAGAGUGGAAGGGACAGAUGCUGCUGGACGCAAGAUGGUCAUGAAGAGGCGACUGCUCAGGUGUCCUGUGGACCGUCCAGCUCCAGACGCUCCAGAUGCUGACCUGUGUGACUCUGUGCCGGCGAGAGACAGGCUGCCCUGUGCACCUCCACCCAUCUCUCGAGGAGACUGUGAGGUGCUGGGCUGCUGCUACGGCUCGGCAGAGGAAGAGGCGGGCUCCUGUUACUAUGGAAACACAGUGACCUGGCACUGUACCCAAGAGGGCCGCUUCUCCAUUGCCGUGUCCCGGAGCGCGGCCUCGCCUCCGUUGCGCCUGGAUUCCGUGUACUUGGCCUUCGGGAACGACAGCGAAUGUGACCCUGUGAUGGCGACUCGCGCCUUUGUCCUGUUCCAGUUUCCAUUUACUUCCUGUGGCACCACGAGACGGACCGCUGGAGACCAGGUGGUGUACGAGAAUGAGCUGGUGGCCACUAGGGAUGUGAGGACCUGGGGUCGUGGCUCUAUCACGCGCGACAGCAUCUUCAGACUUCGAGUCAGCUGCAGCUACGCCAUAAACGGCAACACGUUCCCAGUUAAUGUCCAGGUUUUCAGUCUCCCGCCACCCCUUGCUAAGGCCCAGCCGGGAGCCCUCGCUCUGGAACUUCAGAUCGCCAAGGAUAAAAACUAUGGCUCUUACUAUGCUGCCCGGGACUACCCAGUGGUGAAGGUGCUCCGGGAUCCCAUCUACGUAGAGGUCUCCGUCCUGCACAGAACAGACCCCAACCUGGGGCUGCUCCUGCGACAGUGCUGGGCCACGCCCAGCCCCAGCCCCCUGCGUCGGCCUCAGUGGCCCAUACUGGUGGAGGGGUGUCCCUACGCUGGAGACAAUUACCAGACCCGCCUGAUCCCCGUGCAGGAAGCCCCUAGCCUGCCGUUUCCCUCCCACCGCCAGCGCUUCAGCAUUGCCACCUUCAGCUUUGUGGACCCUGCGAGGGCAAAGGAGGCUCUCGGGGGGCAGGUGUACCUGCACUGCAGUGUGUCAGUCUGCCAGCCUGCGGGGACAUCAUCCUGCAUGAUAACCUGUCCUGCCACGAGGGGAAGAAAAUCUGAGCUCUCUCUUCAGAACAAUACUGCUAGUAUCUCCAGCAGUGGCCCCAUGAUUUUACUCCAAGCCUUGAAAGACCCUCUGGAGAAACUCCGGGUCUUAGUGGAUGCCAAGGCUCUGUGGGUGGCAGGCCUUUCUGGUACCCUAAUCAUUGGACUCUUGUUGGUAUUCUACUUGGCUACCAGGAGACGGAGAUGA